AUGGAGUUGCGCGAAAUUGAGGACCAGCCGAUAAACAUCCCGGCAAUGAUUCAAAGCAUGGCCUAUGGAGAGAGGAGGCUCAAUGCAAAGCAGAUCCAAGAGCGUCUUGCUGCUUGUGGCAAGGACAUGAGCCUGACGACGAUCAGGCACUACACCAACAAGUUCAAUCCUGAAGAGCACACUUUAGAGCUCAGGCGGAAGCUUGUGGACCAUGGACUAUCGCCUCCUCCUAAGAAAAUCAAGUGGAAUGAUGGAGAGAGCAUAGUCAAGAGGAUCAUUGACGUAGGUUUCUUUAAAAACGAAGAACUUGCGACAAUCUUGGGGACUUCUAAACGGACUAUUGAGCGAAUUGCUGCAGAGAAUACUGAGAGUGAAUCUGACGAAGCGGCUGGAAGAGAAGAGGCACUAUCCAGAUCUCCCCUAAAGCAUUGAAGUGAUGAAGACUUUGCUGAGGUCAUUAAGGAAUGUGAGAAGGAUACAGGCUUUGUCAGCAAGGCAAGUUUGAGGGCCCAAUUCAAAAGAAAGACAGUUGACAUCAGCGAAGAACAGCUAGGAAAAGAGCUGAAGAAGAGGGGAUAUGCCUAUAGGAAGAAGAGGUUGUUCUACAGCUAA